ACCGCUUAGAGAGGGCUGAAAGCCCUAUGAAGCGGUAUAUAAGUCCACUGCUAUUGCUAUUGCUAUUGCUGUUGAGAGUUUAGACACUUGAUGAGUCAAGUUGUGUUCUCAACUCAGUUGUGUUGAGAGGUGACCAGAGAAUAGCAGAGCUAUUUCAACCUAGAGUUACAAACCUUCUCCUUCACUGAUAGCAUCUGCUUCCAGUUCUAGAGGUCACUCUUCACAGCAGGAUGUCUGAUAGGCUGAAAAAGUUGUCCUUCCUGAAGAAGAAGGACAACCAAAAGUCUCAUCCACAGAUCAAUAAAGACAACCAGGAAGCCCAGUUCUCUAGCUCCCGCCCGUCCAGUUUCUCAGCCAGUCAGCGACUCUCUCAAGUCUUCCCUCUGCUUCUGACGUCUUCCCCAGCUCCAAUGGAACUCAGGAAGAAGGUUCAGCUUCCAGCUCUGGUGCUGCCUGAUUUGGCAGGCAGAGCAACUGCCAAGACCCCUCUGGGGCUUUCUCAGAUGGAGAUCAAGGGUAGCCGGAAGGAGCGCCCUCCCUUGCCAAGGGUGCCCGAGAAGGAAAAGUCUCAGAGGAGCCACCUCACCCAGGGGAGAAAAUGCUCCCCAAACGCCGUCCCAUCUUCCUAUUCAGAACUCUCUGAUGAAUACGUUAGCUAUUUGUGGGACAGCAAGAAGCCGCUAAAAAGAUCAGUCAAAGAAAUCUUGGACUCCAUGGAGGACAGUGAAAUAUUAGAGGCCAUCUUCAACCAUCUUCAUCCUCUCCAGAUCUACCUGUACAGAUAUUAUGGGUUAAAGCUGAGGAACUGCAGGAGGAAGGAGCUUGCAAAGGACCAUAUAAAAAGACUUGUGGUGUUCUCAGUUGCAGACGAGGCAGACAAAGAGGGAAUCUCGGAAACCAUCCGCCUCGCUGCAUUUCGUCAUCUGCUCGAAAUCCUCCAGAUCCUCAGGGAGGUUGGCCCCAAUCAAACGCUGAGGAGACGGUCUCUCUUGGGUGGCUCCUGUCAAAUCCUGUGAGGAGAGAUGAGGCGCAGACAGCUGAGACUCCAAAAUAUAUUCCAGUGGUAACUGCCAUGGUCACAAAGCUUCUGCAGAUUUUUCUUUUUUUCUUUUUUUGUUGAAAAUGUUUAUUGUUUUAAUUAAAC